CGCGUGCGCGCAGGGUCGAGCGCGCUCUGCGGCGCGUUCCGCGUUGGAGGCGGCGCGAGCAGCCAGGGGGCGGUGGAUGGCUCUGCGGAGCCUGGCGGGCUCGGGGCCCUGCUCCCGCGAGGCGCUGGACGAGGCUGUGGCAGAGGCCGGGGGGCGCGAGGCGCCGGCCCCUGUGGCAGCCGGACCCGCACUGGAGGACGAUGAAGAGGAUGAUGGCCGCGGCCGGGGCCUGCUGCGCUGGGACGGUUUCUCGGCCUGGCUGCACUGCGUGUGUGUGGUGGGCUUCGACCUGGAGCUGGGCCAGGCCGUGGAGGUAAUUUAUCCUCAACAUUCCAAACUUACUGAUAAAGAAAAAACCAAUAUUUGCUAUUUGUCUUUUCCAGAUUCAAAUUCAGGUUGUCUUGGAGAUACCCAGUUUUGUUUUAGAUUUCGACGGUCUUCUGGGAGGAGGGUGUCACUGCAUUGUCUUCUGGAUCAAUUUGACAAAGAUUUACCAGUUUACUUAAAGAAAGACCCUGCUUAUUUUUAUGGAUAUGUGUAUUUUCGACAAGUUCGAGAUAAAACUCUUAAGAGAGGCUACUUUCAGAAGUCAUUGGUUUUAAUCAGCAAACUACCUUACAUUCAUUUUUUUCACACUGUGCUGAAACAAAUAGCACCAGAGUAUUUUGAAAAGAACGAACCUUAUUUGGAAGCAGCGUGUAAUGAUGUUGAUAGAUGGCCUGCCCCAGUGCCAGGGAAAACACUGCACCUGCCUAUCAUGGGAGUGGUGAUGAAGGUACGGAUUCCCACAUGUUAUGACAAGCCUGGGACUACUCAAAUAACACAGCUAACUCAACAGGCAAAUACACACAUAUCUGUUAUUUUACCUACUGUUCAUGAGGUGGAUCUUUUCAGGUGUUUCUGCCCAGUUUUUCUUCAUAGUCAGAUGCUUUGGGAGCUGGUGCUAUUGGGAGAGCCCCUCGUGGUGAUGGCGCCAUCACCAUCAGAAUCGUCGGAGACUGUACUGGCCCUUGUUAACUGCAUUUCUCCAUUAAAGUACUUCAGUGAUUUCCGACCUUAUUUCACUAUUCAUGAUAGUGAAUUCAAAGAAUAUACAACCCGUACUCAAGCUCCGCCCUCAGUCAUAUUAGGAGUAACCAACCCUUUUUUUGCUAAAACACUUCAGCACUGGCCACACAUUAUUCGAAUAGGAGACCUUAAACCUGCAGGUGAAAUUCCUAAGCAAGUUAAAGUGAAAAAACUGAAGAACCUAAAGACUCUGGAUUCUAAACCUGGAGUUUAUACUUCUUACAAGCCAUAUCUAAAUAGAGAUGAAGAGAUCAUAAAACAAUUACAGAAGGGUGUACAACAGAAACGUCCUUCUGAGGCUCAAAGCAUUAUUCUUCGACGCUAUUUUUUGGAACUGACACAAAGCUUCAUCAUUCCAUUAGAAAGAUAUGUGGCAAGCCUGAUGCCUUUGCAGAAAACUAUUUCUCCAUGGAAGAGCCCACCCCAAUUAAGACAGUUCCUUCCAGAAGAAUUUAUGAAAACACUUGAAAAAGCAGGACCUCAGCUGACCUCUAGAAUAAAAGGCGAUUGGAUUGGACUUUACCGGCAUUUUCUGAAGUCUCCAAAUUUUGAUGGUUGGUUCAAAACCCGGCGGAAAGAAAUCACCCAAAAAUUGGAGGCACUCCAUCUAGAAGCUCUUUGUGAAGAGGACCUACUUCUCUGGAUCCAAAAACACACAGAAGUAGAAACAGUAGACCUUGUAUUGAAGCUGAAAAAUAAGCUGUUGCAGGCUGAUCGAGAACAUUUACCUGUGAAACCAGACACUAUGGAAAAGUUACGGACACAUAUAGAUGCAAUUAUCUUAGCGUUGCCAGAGGAUCUUCAAAGCAUACUGCUCAAGACGGGCAUGACAUGAUAAUUUACCAGGAUUUUCCAGCCAAAAUGGAUUGUGCAGCACGAAGCAUACUGACGUUUCGAUAGACACCCAAAGGAGAUCUCCCCAUGGCAGCAGAGUGGAAAAUAGCUAUGAACAGGAGAUAUAGGGUGGGAAGACUGUAUUGUGUAAAUAGACCUUUUUAGUGCAUUAUUUUUAAAAAUGGAUAUUUGUGGUGGUUCUACUUUAAUACUGAAAUACUGAAAGGCAUUUCUAUAUUUUUAAUCAUGUUCUAAAGUGCUCUUAUAAGAGACCUGUGGGGCCAUCAGUAUGAGUGAUUCCAUACUGCAGUGCUGGCAUUGCAGAUAUUUUUUUUUUAAAUUGGUGCUGCUUUGCCCAAUCAUGUUAAAGCUCAGGGGGAUAUAAAAAUAACAUUCACACUGGCCAUCCUCUUACAAAAGAAAAGACUGAACUGUCCAACUAUAGUUAGAGGUAAUUGAUGCUUAUGUAGUGCCUUCUGUUGUCCUACAUGUUUCAGAGUCCAGCUGCUAGUCUUGAAGCUUUUUCUUAGCUUGAUUAUGAUGUGUAAUUUCAUAAGGCGUUCUAUUGAAUAAUCACUGCUUAAAAAUAUUUUUCUUGCUCCCCAUCUUGCCUAUUAGUAGGGAUGUCGUUUUUUUCAUUUGUCAUAUAGAUUUUCAUUUCACUGUUUACCAUUUUCAAAAUUUCAAGGCAAGAAAGCAUCUUUUGUUAAUUGUGAAAAAGUUUAUUUUCUCUUACAUUUUACUAAUUGGGCCUAUAUAAACUAAUUAGUUUGGAUGUUUUUGAAGGCAUUUUAAUAAUUAUGAACUUCAUAAUUAGCUAUUUUUAAGUGGAACUAUUAUUUUUAAGGUAUCUGUAAGUCUUAUAUGUGAUACUCAUUUGAGUGAUUAUAAAAUUGAUUUCCCACAUCAUUUGUUGGGCAGUGCUAUUUCCCCAAAAUUCAUGUUUUUCAGAACACUUCUUUUUUUUCCCUUUCCUCCUGGUAUCAGGAUCGAACUCAGGACCUUGUGUUUAUGAGGCAGGUGUGGUGCCACUGAGCUAAAUUCUUGGCCUUUUUUUUGUUUUUUUGAGACAAGUCUAGCUAUUUGUUCAUGCUCAUUUUGAACUCAGUAUGGAGCCCAGGCUGACCUGAAACUCACAGUGAUCCUCUUGCCUCAGCCUCCCAAGUGCUGGGGUUACAGGCAUGCCCCACCAUGCCUGGCUUUUUUUUUGUUUUUGUUUUUGUUGGUACUGGGGAUCAAACUCGGGACCUUGCGCUUGCAGGCGCUGGAACUACUGAGCUAAAUCCCUGGCUCUACCCGGCUUUUUUUUUAAGGGACUUUUUUUUUUUCGGUCUUUUUUUCUUCUUUUUUGGUACUAGGAACUCAGGGCCUUGAGCUUUCCAGGUAGGUGCUGCGCUGCCACUGAGCUACAUCCUCCGCCUCACGCCCAGCUUUUUCAGAACACUUUACUUGUUACUGUUUGACAUGAGAACUUUUGCCUGAAUCAUUAGUUCUCUUUGUUGUUGUUUUUUAUUUUUCUUUUGUUUAUACUACCUUGCCAAAAAUAGAAGAAUGUGAUUUGGUAUAGUAAGAUUGUUUGGUCUAUGUUUGAGUGGGAGUGUCCUGCAGAAGCCAGUAUUUAAAAUAGGAACACAUAAUGUAGCACAUAUGUAAAUAGUUGUGUCUUAAUUACCUUCUACACCACCAAAUUUAGUUGUAUGUGUUUGUAAAAGAAAUGGCUUCAGAAGCUAUCUCUUGUUCGCUGUUGCUGUUAACACGUAAGGGCAUUCCUGACCCAAGAAAGGUUCCUUAUGUUUCUAAGUGUGGUCUGAUCCCCAAAUGUGCCCUUUUUUUAAUGGAUUCAGUCUCUUGAAGGAUACUUCCAAAUCAUAGAGAGAAUUUGGCAUUUGGAAGAAAUCAAUUGCCUUGGAUCAUACAAGUUAUUUUGUGAAACAACAGUUGUCCCUUCAGAGAGGGGCGACUACUUUUAUAUGCUAAAGUAUUUCAUAACUUUCUAGGAAACUUUAUUUAGGUAUAAAUGGUCAUCUUAUUAUUUUUCAAAAAGUUGUAUUUUAAUAAUCUUACAAUUUAUAUACAGUUUAUGACCAGAAUUUGAAAAUUGUUUGUGUCAUAGCAGGUGUCUUUAAAAAAUUGUACCACUACAGGAUGUAUCAUUUCAGGUUUAUUUUGCACAGCUAAAGAGUAGCAAAAGAUGCCCAUUAGCAUGAUAAUGGUAUCUUCAUACUUACUGUAUUUAACUGAAACUUAACACAUGUUGAAAAACAUACUCGUCCAUUUUCUCUCUUAAUUUCAAAUUAUGUACUUGUAAGAAUAACUUAAAGCUGCAUUGGAAAUCUGAGAAAGACUGACUGGUAACUUAAUUUUUUAUGUGUGGUUUUUGAGCAGUCUUUUUUUUAUUUUUUAGAAGACUUUGUUAACAUCUAAACUGCCAUUUAAUGUUUUAUGUCCACCAGCAUUAGAAGGAAUCACUGCUUUAAGGGUCUUAUGUAAUGCCUAGUACCUUCUAUUUACAGUGAAAAAGAGGAGGCAUUUAUGUGGAGGCAUUUAUGGUCAUUACCAGAAACUGAAUUAAAAGCCUUGCAUUUUAAAGUA